AUGACCGAGUAUCACGUCUACUGCUUGGAUGUGGGGCACGCCAUGGCGUUGCCCCAGCCCAAGUUGCGCGGGUUUGGAUCUCAUCUUGAAGCGGCGGUGGCGGCUCUCUCCUACUCGAUUCGCAAUCGCGUGCUGCUGACGCCCAAGCAUGAGGUGGCGCUGGUCCUGUUUGGGGCGGCCACAACCGAGCACGACUUGGAGGACGAAUCUGUUCUCGUUGGUUUUGCGGCGGGUCUGGCUUUGCUGCAACAACGCCAAGAAGCGCUGCGGUCAGAGUCCAAAACCAAAGCGAGCAAGAUGCAGAUGCGUCUCCACCUCUUUACCAACCAGACAAUCGUGUCCACCGCGGGUGAGGACGACGGCUCAGACCACGCUUCAGCGCUCAUCAACGUGGCCCAAGACCUGAAACUUGAGUCCUUCGUGUACGGUAUCCAGCUCAGUGACGAUGCCUCGCUCGCGGAUGCCAGCAAAGCCACGCCUUCCCACACAACGCUUCAAGACUUUGGUUCACGCUUGGGAGCCCAGCUUUAUAACUUUGGAGAAAUUAGCGACAUGCUCAAACUCUUUCGCAAGCGUGUCGUCAAGCCCGCAGCCUUCAAUGUCAAUCUGCGUGUUGCCAAUGUCGAGAUUCCCGUUUCGGGCUAUGAUAUCGUCAAGCGAGCGACCGUCAGCACAUUUAAAAAGCUCUCCAAUCAAGUGGAGAUUGACCCAAGCGACGGUGACAGCGGCAAGGUCCAACGUGAAGUUACCUAUCACCUGGAUGACGAAAUGGCAACCGAGAUCCAAAAGGACGAUCGGCAGCGCGCGUAUCGCUACGGUUCCACGUUAAUUCCAUGGCCUGAAGAGGCCGAGUCCAACCCCGAAUACAAGGUGGAAAUGGAAAAACAGCUUACCACGCUCUACUUUGCCCCUGCCGCCAGUAUUCCUCGCCAUGUUUACAUGGGAGAUUCCGUCAAACUUUUCAUUCCCAAACCUGGCAGCGAGCCAGCCGUGGCCAUUGCUCUUGAUGCCCUUGUGGCUGGCAUGGAGAAACGUCGCGUUGUGGCCAUUGUCGCCUAUGUUUACAACAAGCGUUCAAGCCCAAAGCUGGGCAUGCUCUUUCCCCGUCAGUUGGUGGCGGAUGAAGAUGAAGAUGAGGAGGAGGAGGAGGAGGAUGGAGAGGACCAGCAUGAGGGUUCUGAUGGGCAUGGGCCAGCCACUGGCAGCAGCCUCGGAAGCUCUGUAGGCGCAUCAGCCGUCUUGGAUGGCAAGAGCCGACGCCAACGCGCCCUGCACUUUGUCCUCUUGCCAUUUCAAGAAGACGCCCGCCAUUUCGGCUUCCCCUCGCUCAAGUCGCUGAUAAAUGAACUUCAUUGCCAGGAGCAGGCCACGCCUGCCACAGCGUCCACUGGGGCCUCGAACCCCAACGACCUGCCCGACACACCUCAAGCCGCCAUGGACGCAUUUGUCUCAGCUCUAGACUUGAUGAAUGUGCCGGAUGAUCAGACGCCAUCUACCCUCUGCAUCAUCAAGGCCCACGUAUCAUCUGCUCACUCCUGCUGGGCCUGGCUCUUGGAUGAGGAUGGGGAUCCAGUUGAGGCACUCGAGCCGGAGGACACCUUCAAUCCUGCCAUCCAGAUGUACAACUUGGCCGUGCCCCACCGAGUGCUGCACCCUGGUGAUCAGCUUCCUGCGAUUGACCCAGAAAUUGUCAAAUUCAUUGAACCACACCCAUAUCUGGCAAAAAAGAUGGCGGCUAUGACUCCCAAGCUGACCCAGCUCUUCCCGCUCAAGAUCAAUGAGGUCAAAACAUCCGGCAAACGGAAUGCCAACGAUUUAUUUGGCGAUGACGAUGGCAGUGCCGUCAAGGAUGCGAAGAUGCUCGACACCAACGCCGCGGCCAAUAUCCUGGCGGGUGUGACGCAAGUGGGCUCAUCGCGGCCCGUGGAGGACUAUGAAGAGUUGUUGCAGAGCCAGAAUUUUGCCAACCUCGAAGCUGUAUCAAGCCAGCUGGCCGAUCAGAUCUUCCGAUUUGUCGAUCUCUACAUGGAUGGAGAUUUGAGCAAAUUUGUGGCCAUGGUCGAGGCCAUGCGCCGAGCCAGCAAGGAUCACGAUGCCACCGUCUACAAUGCCUUUUUGAUGGAGCUCAAAGAUCGGCUGGAUUCACAGUGCGAGACUGGUAAGGCGCAACACUUUACCACGGCGCUCUUGCAGCACAACCUUGGUUUGAUUACUGUGGAAGAGACCAACACGGGCGGAGUUAGCCAAGAUCAGGCCUCGUCCUUCUUAUCUCAACCCGAGCCGAGUCACGAGGCCAUGGACGACGCCCCACCAGAGGACGACAACGCCGAUGAGGACGAUCUCGAUGACCUCUAA